AGCAGCUAUUUACUUAGUCACUCUACAAUAUGAGAGGGGACCAGAGGUUACAGAAGGAGGACAUGGUUAAGAAUUAAAAGUCAACACCACUGGAAUAAAGUUAAUAUUGGACUGCUUUAGCGCAGGCACAGAGAAAUUCUUUGCCAACCUCAAGUGUUGUUGUUUUUGUCAACACGCCUGAGGCAGUAUACUAGAAUUAGAAACUUGAAGUUUAUCGUAGGGCAACAAAGGAAUUUAACAAGUCUGGAGUAUGUAUGUAGCUUCAUAAACCGUUAUAGCGAUGAAGCCUUUAUCUUUCAAAGUCAUCUCAGACCACUUUCUGCUGUGCGUCUUCCUGAGUCUGCUCUGGGGUGUCACUGACAUCACAACGACAAGAACACCGAGCACAACGCUGACAACAGUAACAAGCACAACACAAGCAGUAACAACAGAAACAACAACAGCAGCAUCAACCACUCCAGCAAUAAAAUCACCUCCUGGAAAUGUGGAGAAUGUGACAGUUUCAUCACAAAACGAGACCAGUAUAACUCUGGUGUGGAACAAGGUUGACAACCUCUUAACAUACUUCCUACAAUAUAAUAACAGCGGUAGUCUAAAGGUGGACACUGUUGUUGCACAAGAGGAAGGGUUAUCAGUUAUACAUGUGGUUGAUUCGCUUACUCCUGGGACAAAAUAUGAUUUCCGUCUCAUCACUGAAUCUGAUGGAGGCAACAGCACUGGAUACUCAUUUGAAGCUGUCACUGCUCCUCUUAACGCAAUGGGGUUCAAGUCAGUUGGAGAAAGUGAGACCAGUAUAACUCUGCAGUGGGAAAAAGUGAAUAACUUCCUCAACUAUAGACUUGUGUUCAAUGGUCAGGAGAUAAACGUCACUGCAUCAGCGGGACAUCAAGUAACACACACAGUCCCAGGUCUCACAAGUAUGACAAGAUACGUCUUCACUCUUUUCACUCUGUUUGGAAAUGUCAAAAGCCAUGGAGUAACGACCCCUGCAUUCACUGCUCCUCCUAAUGCAGAGGAUUUCAAGUCAGUUGGAGAAAAUGAGACCAGUAUAACUCUGCAGUGGAAACAAGUGGAUGGCAUCAUCAAUUAUACACUUGUGUAUAAUGAAAAGGAGACAGAUGUUCCUGCAUCAGCGGGACAGGAUCUAAUAACAUACACAAUACCAGGACUCACAAAUGGGACUAAAUAUGUCUUCACUCUCUUCACUGUGUUUCAUGGUAUCAGAAGCAGUGGAGAAAACACCACAGCAUUAACCAUUCCUCUUGACGCAAUGGGGUUCAAGUCAGUUGGAGAAAGUGAGACCAGUAUAACUCUGCAGUGGGAAAAAGUGAAUGACUUCCUCAACUAUAGACUUGUGUUCGAUGGUGAGGAGAUAAACGUCACUGCAUCAGCGGGACAUCAAGUAACACACACAGUCCCAGGUCUCACAAGUAUGACAAGAUAUGUCUUCACUCUUUUCACUCUGUUUGGAAAUGUCAAAAGCCGUGGAGUAACAACCCCUGCAUUCACUGCUCCUCGUAACACGGAAAAGUUUGACACAGUUGAACAAAAUGAGACCAGUAUAACUCUGCAAUGGCAAAAAGUGGAUGGCCUCCUCAACUAUACACUUGUGUUUAAUGAAAAGGAGAUAAGCGUCACUGCAUCAGUGGGAAAUGAAGUGACGCACACAGUCUCAGGUCUCACAAGUAUGACGAGAUACGUCUUCACUCUGUUCACUCUGUUUGAAAAUGUCAGAAGCAGCGGAGUAAAUACCACUGCAUUUACUGCUCCCCGUAACACAGAAGCGAUAGAAUCAGCUGGACAAAAUGAGACCAGUAUAACUCUGCAAUGGAAAGAAGUGAAUGGCGUUACCAACUAUAUCCUUGUACUCGAUAAAAGGGAAAUAGAUGUAUCUGCAUUGAUGGGACAGGAAAAAGUGAUACACACAAUCUCAGGGCUCACAAGUGGGACUAAAUACAACUUCACUCUCUAUAGUCUCUUUGGAAAUGUCAGAAGCAGUGGCCUAAACUACAGUGCAGCCACAGCUCCCUGUAACACAGAGGAGGUAGAAUCAGUUGGACAAAAUGAGACCAGCAUAACUCUACAAUGGAAAAAAGUGAAUGAAAUCCUCAACUAUACUCUUGUGUUCAAUGAAAGGGUUAUAAACCUCACUGCAUUAAAGGAAAUAGAAAACGUGACACACACAAUUUCAGAACUCACAAGUGGGACUAAAUACAAUUUUUGUCUUUACACUGUGUUUGAAAAUGUCAGAAGCAGUGGAGUAAAACACUCGGCAGUCACUGCGCCGGUAAAUGUUAAGACUGUGACUGUGUUGACACAAAAUGAGAGUAGUGUAACUCUGAUGUGGGACAAGGUUAACAACAUCUCAACCUACUUCCUACAAUAUGAUAACAAUGGAAGUUACAUUGAAGUCAAUCAAGGGGCAUCAGUUACACAUGAGGUCUCUUCACUUAAUGCUGGAACAAACUAUCAUUUCACUGUCAUCACUCGCUUUGAGAAAGUCAACAGCACUGGAUUCUCAUUUAACGCUGUGACAGUUCCCUCCAUGGUGGCUUUGGUUGAGGUGACUGAACGCUCAGCGACCACAAUAACGCUGACGUGGCAGAGAGUGAAAACAGACUGGGACUACUUUCUCCUAAUUAAAGGAGGAAAUACGCAGCGUCUCCCAGACAGAGCCCCGGAUGUUGUGUCCCGAUCAGUCACAUCUCUCAAGCCUGGAACAAAAUAUUUCUUCAGUGUGAUCACAACAUUCUCGGGACACAACAGCACUGCCUAUAGCAACUACACAGUAACAAUGAUAGACUGUGCCACUGUAAACUGGCAUGUUACCAACUCAUCGAUCCAAGGAACGGUCAAAGGCUUGUUCUCAAAAGCAACAGCCACUUACCAAUCACAAAUUCAUACCAGUCAUGGAGGUAGCAAUGUGACAUUUACCGGCCUUUACCCUGGAGCGACCUAUGAGGUGUCUCUUGAGUAUGAAAAUGAUUCCAGACGCUAUCCACAGUGCAAUCACAACCUGACAAUCAUUCCUCCAUUGUUAAGUGGUCACUGUGAGUACUGGGCAGCUGGCUACUCUCUCUAUAUUGUCUGGGAUAACCCGAAAGGUGUGUGGACUUCAGUAGAGGUCAACGUGAUGGGGCAAUCUCACACACAACUUGCAAAUGGGGAACAGUAUCUCAUAUUAUCUGGAUUCCAACCUGCCAGGAAAUAUGAGGUGUCUAUAACUUCAAUAUCUGGCACUGUAAGGAGUUAUAAGCCAUAUGUUUUUCAGUGUCUUACUGAUCCGAGAGGAGUUAUUGCAGGGUCAGUAUUUGCUGUUCUGCUUUUUGUUAUCCUGGUCUGUGUGGCUGUCUUCAUUUUUUUGAAAAGACCAGAUAUCAUCAGCAGAAAAAAAUCAUUCAUUGGUGGUUCCAAACAAACCAAUAAAAAGAGCAAAGCUAUUUCUGUGGCAAAGUUUCCAGACCAUUUCACCCAAUUAAGUGCAGAUGAGAACAGAGGUUUUACCCAGGAAUAUGAGAGCCUCAGCCCUGUUGGCACGGAGCAGACUCGAAAAGUAGCAAGUCUACUUGAGAACAAAACAAGGAAUCGUUUCAACAAUGUCCAGCCAUAUGACUGGUGCCGGGUGAAGCUCACUACUUCCAGUUCCAUUGGAGCUUCUGACUACAUUAAUGCCAGUUACAUGCCAGGCUACAACAACAGCAGAGAGUACAUCGCCUCUCAGGGUCCUCUGCCCACCACAGUCAAUGACUUCUGGAGGAUGGUCUGGGAACAAAGAGUGAAUUGCAUUGUCAUGGUAACCAACUGCACUGAGGGAGGAAAGAUUAAGUGUGAACGAUACUGGCCUGCAGACACUCAGCCUUGCUCUUAUGGAGAGCUGGAGGUCACGUUGACAUCUGAGCAGCAGGAGAUCAACUGGACACUGAGGGAAUUCAGUGUAAAACAUAGCAACAACUCAGAGGAGCGCAUAGUGAAACAUUUUCAUUUCACUGCCUGGCCUGACCAUGGAGUCCCACAGGGCACAGAAGACCUGAUCCAGUUCAGAGGACUGGUGAGACUGCACAUAGAGAGAGAAGGGACCAGAGCACCAACUGUGGUUCACUGCAGUGCUGGAGUGGGGAGGACAGGCACUAUCAUUGCCCUGGAUGUGCUGCUUCAGCAGCUCGAGAAAGAAAGAGCGGUGGGCAUCAACGGCUUUGUGCACAAGAUGAGACUGAACCGACCAUACAUGGUGCAGACAGAGUCCCAGUAUGUGUUCCUGCAUCAAUGCAUCAUGGACUCACUGCAACCACAUGAGACGGCUGAUGAGAACAUAUAUGAGAAUGCGGACAUGAUAUACGCCAAUGCCACUGCACUGCGAGACCUUCGUUAGCACAAACAACCAAACUAAAUAUGACUCUCAGCACUGAAGUCAGUACUUUAUGCACUUAAAAGCCUAAUUCUAACUAUCAACAUGCUAUAUUUUGUCAUUAACUGUAAAUAUGAAAAACAUUUAAGAUCUAGAUAUUUACUGUACAGUUAUAGCUCUAUUUAGUUUUUAUUUAACUUGUAAAUUCUUGCUGUAAUCUUCCAAAUGUGUAUUCUUCUUUAUUAUUAUAAUAAGAGAGAAUACUCCAUAUGACUGAAGAGCGUUUUCAGUUAAGUUUAGUAACAAUAAGAAAUGUUGGUAGAAAAAGUCUCUAUUUGCGCAAGAAAUAAACUAUUUUUUAAUAACAAAAA